CGGACCCCUCCAUACGGCUUUAUCGCCAAGAGUACUGCAAAUCAAAGCUUCAUCUUUCUUCACUCAUCUCACCACAUGAACCAUUAUUUCCUCCUUCACUAAGGUUAAAAAAAUGAUGGCGGUUCGCGCCGUCAACGGUGGUUCUUUGUUUUGUUCCGUCGCAUCACCUCCUCUAUUGACGUUCUGUUGUCGUUUUCACCAAUUAUCCUCCUUACCGUUUCGCCGAAACUCUGAGUUAGGGCUUCGGUUUCCUAUUUUUUGUUGCGGUAAUCAGUUUCUAGGAUAUGGCGGGGGUCUUUCGCAUUCGGCUCACAGUCUCGUUGAUUGCGUCAUGGAAGAGCUAACAGCUUGGCGCAGUCGCAGAAGAAUUCGCGCCAGUGUCAAGUUAACCAGUAGUGGUGAGCUUCUUGAAGAUAAGCUUGUCAAUCGAGAAUUAGAAAAGGGAUUCCUGCUGGAGUUUAAGAAGGAUACGGACAGGGUAUUGCUUGGAGUUGCUCAGAGACCUGAUGGGAAGAAGAAUUGGAUGGUGUACGAUCAGAAUGGUGUCACAACAUCCAUCAAACCUCAACAAAUUACAUAUAUUGUUCCAGGUGUAGAAAAUUUUGAUCAGACUGAGAUCUCAAAAUUUCUCCAAAAAGCUCAUGAAAACUUGGACCCAACAUUAUUGGAGAUUGCUUGGGUUGAGCUUCUUGAAAAGAAUGUGUCAGUGACAGCAGAAGAAUUAGCCGAGAUGAUUUUUGGCAGUUCAGAUCCUGUUGAGAGCUACUGUGCCCAUCUUUUGCUAUCAAAUGAUGCAGUAUACUUCACUGUGCUGGCAACAAAAGGUUCUCGUUCCAUUUAUGGGCCUCGACCGACAGGACAAGUGGAAGAACUUUUACACAAGAAGCUUGCCAAAGAGGCUGCUGAGAAAGAACUUCAGGACGUCGUGCAAUUACUUGUGUCUGCAAAAGCAAAGCCUGCAGGUUCUAAACCUGCCAAAUCUUCCUGGAUGAUGGAUGAGAAAAUCCGAUACAAAAUUGAGUCUCUUGAAGCAUAUGCUAUUGAUGCUUGCAACAGUGAUGAGCAAAGGAAAACUGCUGGAAUGAUCCUGAAGGCAAUGGGACUCACAAAAACGUCAUACUCUGCAAUAAACCUCCUCAUAAAGAUUGGUUAUUUUCCUGCGCAUGUAAAUCUCGAUCUGUUAAAGUUAAACAUUCGUACAAACCAUUCUGAUGAGAUUAUAGCUGCUGCUGAAAGUAUUUUGUCUGAAUCACCUGACUCAGAUGAGAUGAACAGAGAGGAUCUUACUCACUUGAAGGUUUAUGCUAUUGAUGUUGAUGAGGCUGAUGAGCUUGAUGAUGCCUUAAGUGCUACAAAGUUGCAAGAUGGACGCGUGAAAAUAUGGAUACAUGUUGCGGACCCAACUAGAUAUGUUGAACCUGGGAGCAUAGUAGACAGGGAAGCACUGAGAAGAGGAACCUCUGUUUUCUUGCCAACUGUAACUUUUCCUAUGUUUCCUGAUAAACUUGCCAUGGAGGGGAUGAGUUUGAAACAAGGAGAACUUUGCAAAGCUGUCAGUGUUUCUGUUAUCUUGCACUCUGAUGGCAGCAUUGCAGAGUAUUCAGUUCAAAACUCAAUCAUUAAACCAACUUAUAUGCUGACCUAUGAGAGUGCAACUGAACUACUUCAUUUGAACCUAGAAGAGGAGGCUGAACUGAAGAUUCUAUCUGAAGCAGCUUCUCUAAGGUUAAAAUGGCGUCGCCAGCAGGGUGCAAUUGAUACAUCCACCCUAGAAACUCGCAUCAAAGUAAUUAACCCAGAUGAUCCUGAUCCAUCAAUUAAUCUUUAUGUUGAAAACCAGGCAGACCCUGCAAUGCGGCUUGUUUCUGAGAUGAUGAUACUCUGUGGAGAAGCUGUAGCCACAUUUGGAUCUUGUAAUAACAUUCCUUUACCCUAUCGAGGACAGCCGCAGUCUAAUAUUGAUGUAUCUGAAUAUUCACAUCUUCCUGAAGGGCCAGUUCGAAGCUCUGCCGUUAUUAGAAUAAUGCGUGCAGCUGAAACUGAUUUCAGGAAGCCUAUUCGUCAUGGGGUUCUUGGGCUUCCUGGUUACGUUCAGUUUACAUCACCCAUCCGCAGAUAUUUGGAUCUCCUUGCUCAUUAUCAGGUGAAGGCAUUUCUUAGAGGUGAAUCUCCACCUUUUUCAGCUGGUCAGCUAGAAGGGAUGGCAUCAAUGGUAAACAUGCAGGUUAGAUCAAUAAGGAAGAUCUCGGCCAGCAGUCUCCGGUAUUGGAUAAUAGAGUAUCUGAGCAGGCAACCGAAGGAGAGAAAAUAUCAAGCAUUGAUCCUCCGAUUUAUGAAAGACAGGAUUGCAUCCUUGUUUCUUGUUGAGGUGGGAUUUCAAGGAUCUGCAUGGGUGUCUAUCGGAUGUGAGGUAGGAGAUGAAGUUGAAGUUCGAGUUGAAUCCGCGAGUUCUCGUGAAGAUUAUGUUCUCCUCAAGGAGGUUAUUAGAGCUGAAAGUGCUUGAUUCGUUCGAAGAAACUCAUCGCUGUAGAGACAUGGCAAC